AUGGCGAUCGAAGAAAUGCACAUGGCGGCAUCAAUGCCGAUGGGAGCUCCGAUGAGUAAUUCUCAACGCAUGAGCUUCGCGAUUCACGAAAUCCUAGGGAUACAGGUAUUUAAUCACAUUACUAACCUAUUUAACAGUCAAAUUCAAGGGGAAUUCAUAUUUAACGCACGGUUACUGCCCACAAGGCACAUUCUUCCAGCAACAGGUGAUUUUUUCAAAGAAGAAUUCAUCUAAAGCUACUUUUAAAGAAUCUCGUCGAUCUCGGCUCUUUCGAUCGUUCUUUAUGUGUCGCAGAAAACACAUCAAACGGUAAAGCGAUUUUUGAGUCAAUUUCUUUAUGAAUUAUAGUUAACAACGCACUAAUCUACAAUAUUCCUGUGCAGUCGCACCAGAUGGAGCCCCAACAAAGUAUGACGAGUGAAGCCACGUCGACAAGCAUUUCCAAACUGAAACGAAAAAAGAGGCGACACAGGUAUUUGAUAUCAAAAACUGUGAAAUUUUUUUUUCUGUUUUCAAGGACCAUCUUCACGCAGUAUCAAAUCGAUGAGCUGGAGAAGGCCUUCCAGGACGCCCAUUACCCAGACGUCUGUGCUCGCGAAAUACUUGCCACCAAGACAGACCUGCCAGAAGACAGAAUACAAGUAUGUUUUCUCGAUUUGUGAAAUAAGUAGCCUCGUGUAAGAGGUUGACUCUUCACGGAAACGCUUCGGUCUAUUGAAUUUGGCAAUUGGCCGGACGAUUGUUCGACAGCGGCGAGGGCGACGAUUCGAUUAUUUGUUUCCGGCAUUCCUAUGACGCUUUUGCCCUCACGUUUCGCCGUUUUGGACCUUUCGUUACUCUUCUUAAUUAGCUUGAAAGCCAAUUUCGAAGUGCCCUUUUUGUCGCACACAUAUUUCCUAAACUCUGGCUCAUGCAGACUGGAGUUUUGUCAAAGAAACGCUCGAGUUUCAGGUUUGGUUCCAAAACCGCCGAGCGAAGUGGCGAAAAACAGAAAAAACAUGGGGGAAAAGUACUAUCAUGGCAGGUGAGAACAAUAAUUAAAAAUUUAAUUUCAAUGCAACAUUUCUAGAAUAUGGUCUUUAUGGCGCAAUGGUUCGUCAUUCACUUCCACUUCCUGAAACCAUCACGAAAUCUGCUCAAACAGCAGAUCCUCAACAGAGCGCCGCUCCUUGGUUAUUAGGUCAGUUAUCUUUUUUUUAACUAUCCGUUGAAACAUUAUAAUUAGAUAUGAUUAAACCAGAGACUUUCACGUAUCAGAACUAAAAACUUAGACUGUGGGGCAGCCUUAAAAAAAGAACUGACAGUAAGAAAUUUUUUUGUGAAAAAGUUGCUUCUGUACAUACAUGGUCAAGUAAAGAAAAACAAUUACUCCUGAAGGGAGGGUUGACUUACAAAAUUUUUUAGAAAAAACAAUAAAAUGAUUUUUGAGUUGAGAAAGGUAGUUCUUUUUUUUUAAAUAACAGAGAUGUUUUAACCUCAAAAGGUACUACUGAACUUAACUUUAGAUUACUCGGGAAGAGGUUUCGGCUGCCUUUGAAAACUUUCUGCCCACGUAUACUUCUAUAUCACAUCGCUUAUAAAAAAAUCCACGAAUUUAACCAAAAAAAGUUUUCGGGUACUACAAGGUUGACAGGGAAAGUAAAAAAAAUUCCAUUAUACAAUAAAAAAACUUUAAAAAUAGAUUUUCCAAUUGUCUCUACAGUAACCUGCCAUAUUUUUGUAAAGCUAUAAUUCAACGAAGAACUUGCAAACUGUUCCGUUCUUCUUUUCGGAAUGAAAACUUUAUGCAGCUUUCGCGAGCAAAUGAAAGAAAUCAACUCAUUUUUUGUUGUUAUUACCGUAGUUUGUUCGGAACUGAUGAAAAUGAAGAUGAAUUUUACAAAGAAAAAACUACAGGAUAGUUGGUAAUCUCUAUGAGGGUCUUGAAGGUCUCUCGAGACCGUAUUUAGCCGAGUUCCCAUGCGUCUCCAAUGCGUUUCCCAAUUGGAGCAAUUAGUGCUUGUUAGACGACAACAAGCGGCAGCCGGCUUUUCGGCUCCGCAAUAUUUGUCCAACAAAAUGUGCCUCGAAUUGCACCCAUCCGGCCACCAAUCUACACAAUAUGCUAGGUCAUCUUUCACGACUUAUCCCGUUCAUAAGUCAAUUUCGACCGAUUUCUUCAAGAACACUGCGACAAUGCGCGAGAUCGAGGUGACCUCGUAG